AUGCAGCUGUGCUUCCAACCUCUGGAGCUGUUGCCCUCCCUUUCUUUCUCCUCACCACCCAUCCCACUCCCUCGCCUUCCUGCGCUCCUCCCAACCAACCCCCUGAUUAUGAAUUCCAACCUGAGAGUCGCGUGCUUCCACUUAACUCCCUUCGUGAGGAUUGACCUGCUCCCAGAGAAGCGCAUGCUGCUGUAUCCGAAUCCUCAGAUAUGUUCCCCCAUGCCCCCCGCCUUUCCCCCCUUCCCCCCACCAACCCCACUCUGUCCCCCUGGUCCUCCCAAUCCCCGCAGGAUCGAUCUGCUCCCAGAGAAGCGCAUGCUGCUGAUCAAUCUGCUCCCAGAGAAGCGCAUGCUGCUGAUCGAUCUGCUCCCCGAGAAGCGCAUGCUGCUGAUCGAUCUGCUCCCAGAGAAGCGCAUGCUGCUGAUCGAUCUGCUUCCCGAGAAGCGCAUGCUGCUGUAUCCGAAUCUCGCCAAGAUGGCGGGCUCCCAUUGGCUGGAGGCGCGUGUGCGCGCCGUGCACGGUCCACGUGGCAGCCCCACAGCGUGCCACGUGUUCGGACACACACACUUCCACUGGGACUCGUGGGUCGAUGGCAUCAGGUACCUGCAGGCCCCUCUGUGCUACCCCCCGAGGGAUUUAGCCGAUCUACCCGACGAUGGCAGCAGACGCUCGUCGGUCUCUGAGGCUGCAGCGGAAGGCACUCUGGCGGAAGUGGAGGAGAAGCAGCGUCUUCUGGCCGGCUGGCGUCGCGUGCCGCACAACAAGUCGCUGGACGACCUCCACUCGUCCGUCUACGUGCCGCCUCCCGAGUCGGCCUGGUACUACAAGCUCUUCGCGUUCACCGGCCUGGGAUUCGUCGUCAGCGUCGGGUACAUGGACCCGGGAAACUGGGCCACGGACAUUGCGGGAGGGUCGGCGUUCGGAUACACGCUGCUGUUCGUCGUGCUCAUGUCUUCCAUCUGCGCUAUGUUCCUCCAGAGCCUGUCUUUAAAGCUCGGCGUCGUCGGCGAGAGGGACCUCGCGCAGGCCUGCCGCGACGCGUACCCGCGCUACGCUAAUCUUACCCUCUGGAUUCUCGCCGAAAUCGCCAUCGCCGCUACGGACCUUGCGGAAGUUAUUGGAUCCGCGACAGCCAUGUACCUUCUCUUCGGCUUACCCUUGUGGAUAGGCAUCCUUGUAACGGGAGCCGAUUGCCUCCUUAUAAUCUUCCUCGGCGGCCGCAGCGCGCGCGUGUUGGAGCUGCUGAUCUUCAUCCUCUGUGCUGUAAUCGCCGCGUGCAUGACGUACGAGUUAAUCGCGGUGCAUCCCGACUGGGCCCUAGUCAUGAAAGGGUUCGUUCCCUCAGGCCAGAUUUUCACAAACCCUGACGUGCUAUACGCAGCGGUGGGUAUCCUGGGAGCAACGGUCAUGCCGCACAACCUCUACCUCCACUCCAGCAUCAUCCAGACGCGCAAUUACAGCCGCACGGCCGAGGGCAAGCGCAUGGCAGUCCGUUACGGCACGUGGGACUCGUGCCUGUCGCUCUUCGUCGCGUUCUUCGUGAACGCGGCGAUUCUGAUCCUCGCGGCCGCGGCGUUUUACUACAACCCGUCAGGCCAGCAAACCGUGGCGGAUAUCAGCGACGCGUACCACCUGCUCGCGCCCGCCAUCGGCGAUACCGCCGCGAGGAUCCUCUUCGGAGUCGCUCUGCUGGCCAGCGGGCAGAAUUCCACCAUCACGGGAACGCUUUCUGGACAAAUUGUGAUGGAGGGGUUUGUAGAUGUGAAGCUUCCGCCGUGGCUGCGCCGCAUGGUGACUCGCUGCAUCGCGAUCAUCCCUGCUGUCAUUGUGGCUGCUAUCGGCGGGAUGGAAGGUGCUGGGAAGCUUCUGGUGCUGAGCCAGGUGAUUCUCUCGCUGCAACUGCCGUUUGCCAUUGCGCCGCUGGUGCAUUUCACGUCAUCCCCGGCUCGCAUGGGGAAGUUUGUGAAUGGAUGGGUGAGCAUGAUUCUGGCGAUUCUCCUGACGUUGGUGAUUAUAGGGCUCAACGGGUUCCUUGUGGUGCAGUGGGCCAUGGGUGGUUAG